AUGACAUCAAAAACAGAGUUCGUGAAGUUCUUAGGAAAAGGUUCGUGCGGAUCAGUCAACCUCGUCAAGUACAUCAAAAGCGACGACGACAGCUCUUUGCCGCUUUACGCAGCCGUAAAAACCGUUAGAUGCGAAGAAUACGACACUCUCGAAAGAGAGAUUCAGGUUCUAUCCAAACUCAAGGGAUGUCGAAGCAUCGUCCAAUGCUAUGAGAAUUAUACUUUAGAAGAGGGUUUUGAUGUCGGCGGAUUCAGAGUUUUCAAGAUGGUUAUGGAGUACGCAUCUGCAGGAAGCUUAACAACGUUCAUGGACAAUUACAAAGACAGUAGAUUGCCGGAUACUCUAAUCAGAGACUUCACUCGUAUGAUUCUCCAAGGAUUGGUCUCUGUUCAUAGCCAUGGUUAUGUCCACUGCGAUCUAAAACCAGAUAAUCUACUUAUCUUUCCAUGUAGAGAGUCUUACGAAUUGAAGAUUUCAGAUUUUGCAUCUUCGAGAAAAGUAGGAGAAGAUUCGGAUUGUUGGGAAGUUGAUAACCCGUUUAUGGGAACACCUAUUUACAUGUCGCCAGAAUCAGUCCGAGAUAACGUGGCUGAGAAAACCCUAGAUUUGUGGUCGUUAGGUUUCAUAGUAUUGGAGAUGUAUACCGGUGUUUAUCCAUGGUCAGAGACUAAUUAUGAAGAUCUUGCGCCAGCUCUACUGAAUGGAGAAGCGCCGGAGAUUCCAGAGAGUGUACCGUGUGAUGCAAGGAAGUUUAUAGAAACAUGUUUUGCAAGGAACCCUAAGGAGAGAGGAAGCGCUUCGGAUUUAUUGUUGCAUCAGUUCUUGCGUGGUGAACAGAAGAUGGAAGAUACGAUCUCCGGCGGCUCCUCGUUGCCGAUUCCAAAGAAGGCCAUGAAGUUAAAGAUUAUUCCACCAAAGCCUCCACAGUUUAAACACCUCAAGGUGAAGAUUGUGCCUCCCAAGCCUCCAGCUUUUAGUUUCAUUCCUGUUCAAUAG